GCUACUUCCACCGACGAUGGUGACGCUCCCGUUGCGCCUGCCGCGCUCCCACUGCCCGCCUCACGACAGGCGCCCCGCCUCUGCUGGGCGCCUGACGCCCUUGACGUCAACUGACGGGUCACUGACGAGUGUCAGUCUGACGCUGACAACACUGGCUAGCGGCAACAACUCUCGGGCUGUUCCGCGCCACAAAGCUAAGCGCGCCUCUCUCGAUGGUUAGGCUCUGACACUUCUCAGCUUUCACAUGCAUGUGGGUCUGUCCCUCGUAAAUCCUCGACAUCUAUGCAAUGAGCCAAGAUACUGGACAAUUCUAUCUAAUCUUCAUCUCUCGAUAUCUUCCCGCGGCUUACCUUCCCGCAGAGAGCUAGCUGCCUUUCGACCUUGCUGGCGCGCUGCCGGCAGCACAGCCAUGCAUAGUCACCGUCAACCCUAUAGGCACGACUCCAAGGCUUUAUUU